CAUGCAAUAUCCUCCCAUUCACCACACAACCGGAAAAAAUGGCUUCAACCACCGUUAAACUUCUCAUCUUCUCCCUUUUUCUCAUUAUAUCUCUCUCGUCUGCUCAACCGUCGUUCCGGCCAGCCGCACUGGUGGUUCCGGUCAGAAAAGACGCUGCCACCAGCCAAUAUGUCACUCGUAUCAACCAAAGGACACCCUUAGUGCCGGAAAACCUGGUGGUGGAUCUCGGUGGCCGGUUUUUAUGGGUGGAUUGUGAUAAUAACUAUGUUUCUUCAACUUACCGGCCAGCUAGGUGCCGGUCGGCCCAAUGCUCGUUGGCCGGAGCCAACGGGUGUGGGGAUUGUUUCGGCCCGGCUAGACCGGGCUGCAAUAAUAACACAUGUGGUGUGUCUCCCGAUAACCCUAUUACUAGGACGGCUACUAGUGGUGAGCUGGCCACGGACCUGGUUCAGGUCCGGUCCACUGAUGGGUCGAAUCCUGGUCGACCAGUCAAUGUUUCUCAGUUUUUGUUUUCUUGUGCACCCACUUUCUUGUUGCAAGGACUUGCAAGUGGGGUGUCUGGAAUGGCCGGGCUAGGUCGGACCAGAAUUGGGCUUCCGACCCAGCUCGCUGCUGCUUUUAGCUUUGACCGAAAAUUUGCAAUAUGUUUGUCGUCAUCGACAAACUCGGAUGGUGUUAUAUUCUUCGGGGAUGGCCCAUACCGCUUCCUUCCAAAUAUUGAUGUUUCGCAAUCUCUGAGCACCACCCGACUUUUUAUCAAUCCUGUGAGCACUGCUUCAUCGUCUACACAAGGCGAGCCGUCGGCCGAGUAUUUUAUAGGGGUGAGCUCAAUUAGGGUUGACAAUAAGUCCAUACCGUUAAACACUUCUUUGUUGUCAAUCGACAACGAAGGUAAUGGUGGGACCAAAAUCAGCACUGUGAAUCCUUACAUGGUCCUCGAGACCUCAAUCUAUAGUUCACUGACUACAACCUACAUUAGAGAGGCCGCAGCCAGGAACAUUACUAGAGUUGCAUCUGUGGCCCCUUUUGACGUGUGCUUCAGCACUGCAAAUGUAUUUAGCACACGUGUGGGGCCCUCAGUUCCAUCUAUUGAGUUGGUGCUUCAAAACGAGAAUACCGUAUGGAUGAUAAUGGGUUCAAACUCUAUGGUACAAGUAAAUGAUAACGUGUUAUGUCUUGCGGUCAUUAACGGGGGAUCGAAUCCGAGGACGUCGGUUGUGAUCGGCGGGUAUCAACUAGAGAACAAUCUUCUUCAAUUCGAUAUUGCUACUUCAACCCUAGGGUUCAGCUCGACUCUCUUGGGUAGGCAAACUACUUGUGCCAACUUCAACUUUACAAUGAAUGCCUAGACACCAUUAUUAUGUUGUAAACGUACAAUAAAAUAUUUGUUAUACGAAUAAAACGAGUGAUAUAAAUAAAAUUACUUUAAAUAUUACAUUAUUA